AUGCCGUCCAAAAGUAACAAGAAGAAAGCCGCCGCCGAACGGUCAGCAAAACUUGCUGCUGAAUCUGGCAAUGUCACUGGUCAGACAUCGAAUAAUGAUGUUCAAGCAAUUGAAGAAACUACUGCACCGGUUACAACUCCAACCGUACCGACUGCUCAAAUGUCUUCGCUCUCGGUUUCCUCGACACCAGCCAAGACUUCUCAAGUUGCUUCACAUUUACCAAAGGAAGAGAAAAAUGUUGCUUCGUACCAGCCACCAGCUCCACUAAAGCCGUUACAAGCAAACCAGCCAAUCAAAAUUAUAUCCAAUUCAUAUAAAAUGGAUGUAAAACAGGUGAAAUGCUACCGUUAUGACGUCAAAAUAUCGAUCGAAAAGGAAGGAAAAGAUCCAUAUGUUCUAUCUGGAACAGAAGGAAGUAAUCGUCAACAACAAGCAGAGCUGACCGAGAUUCUGAGUGUCGCUUUGCGUGAAGAAGGGCUGGACAAAAUUGUGAAGGUGUAUGAUGGAGCAACAACACUGUAUUCAACCACUCGCUUCAAUUUCAAACAGCAUGGUUCAAUGAACACAACUGUUGAUCAAUCCAAAGUGUCAGAAUCUCUCAGAAACCGUCAUUUCCGCUCUCAAACUGACGGAAAAUUUUCGGUGUCUGUAGAGCCUAACCAGGCUCAACCGGAAUUGCUUACCUCGGAUUUGCUGAACAAAAGUUUAGUGUCUGAAUUAUCUUCGGUUGCACAAAUGCUUCAUAUUGCUCUUGGAGAAGAAGCAAAAGCUGCUGGAUUUUUGAUGACCGAAGGCGGGAGUGAAAUGUUUGACAGAACUCAUGUCCAGGCAUCACGUGGUAUCGAGCUGAUGGAUGGAAUUGGCGCGGGAAUAAAAGUAGCCAAGGGAGACGAUGGGAAAGGAGCAGCUCAUGUCAUUUUAGACUACAAGAAAAAGCGGUUUUUUGCCAAUGGACCACUUGCUGCCCUCCCUGUCAACUGGAGAAAGCUGUCAGAUGCCAAAGCAUAUUUGAAGGGUCUCCGUGUGAAAAAUAUCUACACAAACCAGUCAUUCAUAAUUGACGGUCUCUCGCAAAUCCCAAUGGUGCAAAUCAAAUAUGGAAAAGAUGGAUCAAUUCUGAAAGACGCUAAGGAACGAUCAAAUCUUCCAGAGUCUCAUUUCAAUUCCACGUGGCCUGCAAUACAAGCAAACAUCUACAAUAAGGCUGAGAAACGCAGGAUAACUUACUCUUUCCCAAUUGAGUUUCUUGUAGUAGCUCCCAAUCAGAAACUCACUCCGAAACAUGGGGAACCACCGAAAUGUGACAAACCAGAUAUCAGAUUCGACAAGACAAAAGAACUUGGAGAAAAAGCAUAUAUCUUGAAACGAAAUGAUACUCUCACCUCAUUUGGUGUCACAAUCCGCCCAGAACCAAUCGAGGUGGAAGGGUUUACUGUACAGGCUCCGAAGAUCCAAUAUAAAGGCUUUACAACUGCUGCCGAUAUUUUUAAUCAGGCUUCGUGGAAACUGCCCAAUAACCGUAUAGCUGUCGGUGCAACUUUCAUCGAACCAGCGACCAUCUAUAAGAUACUUAUUCUGUUCAACAGUUUUGAACGUUAUGACGGACAAAAAAUCAUCGGGGAAUUGAAAAAUUCUUUGGCACACCAGCUUGGUAUAACAAUCAAUAACAUCAUGGUUGAAGAUUUAAGGCCGCUUGGUAGAUCUGUUGAAGAGUCCUUUAUAAAUAAAAUGAAUGCUCUCAAAACCCUCCCUGAUAAACCUAUAGUGGUCUAUCUAAACCAGAGUUCAGACUCAAAAAUGCAUGGAGUAUUGAAACUGCAAGAGAGGCUUUGCCAAGUAACCACGCAACACUUGGCAUUUGACAAAUCUCUGAAAAAACUGGGAUUUUCAACAAUAACAAAUAUUAUGUUGAAACUGAACCUGAAAGCUGGCGGACUCAAUCACAAAGUUUUACCUCAUCCAUCGAUUGCUCAUCUUUGGGGUGAUAAAUCGAACACUCUCAUAAUUUCAUACGAUGUAUGUUUCUCUGCUGGAAAAGUCUACAAAAAAGGAGAGAUUUGUGAGGAGCCUAGCUGUGUUGGGUUUGCUUACAAUGGUACAAAAACUCCAGACGCUGUUAUUGGAGAUUUCCACUACCAGUUACCACGGAAAGAGCAAGUAGAUGCAGAUGUUCUGACUCUUCGUGCCAAAAUCAUGUUGAACCAGUAUGCUAGUUCAAGAAAAAAACUACCUGAACAUAUCAUAAUUAUGCGCGAUGGAGUUUCGGAAGAUCAACAUGCAAUGGUGAUGUCCGAAGAGUUUCCUGCAAUCCUGAGUGGAAUUAAAGAGGUUUUCGUUGCCAAGAAUCAGAAAAAACCACGCUUUGCUGUUAUUAUUGUGAAGAAACGCCACGCUAAUCGACUGUACACAAAGAAAAACGGAGUAAUCUCCAAUGCCCCUCCCCUAACAGCGAUCGACCGUAAGAUUGUGAGAAGAGAUGGAAAUGAGCUAAUAUUUUUAUCUCAUGGAGUGAUUGAGAUCAGGGGAGAGCAAAAGGGAACAGCACAGCCUCUUUUGGUGAACAUGCUAUACAAUGAUGAUAUAUUCAAGACCAAUGAUGAAAUAGUUCAACUGUUAGCAGCAAUGUGUUGCGCUCACCAAUCUAGCAAUAGAAUAAUCUCCUUGCCAGAGACAAUCUACGCAGCCGAUGAAUAUGCAAAACGAGGAGCCAAUAUGUUCCAAGCAUAUAAACAGAAAUGCCUACAAGAGAACGUGCCAAUUCCUACAGUUUCCGUUGGGGAAAACGAGACGCAACUGAAUUUUAUGGAAAUCACCAAACAAUUGUGUUAUGACACAAGCUGCUUCAAGGCAAAAAGAAUUGCAUAA